GCCAAGCUCAAGUCCUUCGCUGCCAAGAUCAUCCAGCUCCUCAAGGAAUGGACCGAAACGUUCCCCUACGACUUCCAGGAUGAGAAAUCGAUGAAAGAGCUGAAAGAAAUCGCUACCCGGAUCACGCAGUGCGAUGAGGAAAACGGAACGGUCAAGAAAAUCAUCAGCCAGAUGACCCAGAACCUGCUGGUGACCCUCUCCGCCCGCAACCAGUACCAGGAGAUCCGGGAGAAGUUCCGACAACCCGUGACCGACAAAGGCGCCAUCCUGAAAACCAAGCCGCAGUCGUCGCAGAAGGACAUCCUGAGCGUUUGCUGCGAUCCGUUGGUCCUCGCGCAGCAGCUGACGCACAUUGAGCUGGAGAGGGUGAGCAACAUCUACCCCGAGGACCUCAUGCAAAUCGUCAGCCACGUGGACUCCCUGGAUAAUCACAAGUGCCGAGGCGACUUUACCAAGACCUACAACCUGGAAGCCUACGACAACUGGUUCAAUUGCCUCAGCAUGCUGGUGGCCACAGAGAUCUGUAAG